AUGAAUCGUGAUGCGAGAUUUGCCAAGGUGAAAUCUAUGGGGCUCUGUUACAAUUGUUUAAGACCAAAUCAUUUGGUUGAUGAAUGCAAAUCAGAAGGUGAAUCAUUUGAUCGGGGUUCUGGUAGCUCUAACGCAGCAAACGCUAAUCCAAUCGCGAGUCUCCAGGCGGUCGUCGCCUCGCAGGUUCUUUUGGCUACGGCAUCUGUGCGUAUGCUAAAUAAUCGCGGAGAGCCCAUCAAGUGUAGAGUUUUAUUGGAUAACGGAUCUCAGUCUAACUUUGUCACGGAGAAGUUAUGCAAUAAUUUAAAUCUCGCAAAGAGAGAAGUUAGUAUUCCGGUGUCGGGUUUCAAUCAAAGUUUAACCCAUAUUAAGCAUUCUGUUACGACGACCCUCCAGUCAAGGGAUGGACGCUUUGCUGCGGAAUUGUCAUUCUUGGUGGUACCUCGAAUCACGGAAACGCUUGCUGCACAAACGAUUAAUCGUUACGUUUUAAAUCUUCCCCGAAAUGUCACCUUGGCAGAUCCCGAAUUCUGUACUCCGUCGGAAGUUGACGCCCUGAUAGGAGCCGAACUCUUUUACCAGUUGUUAUGCGUAGGUCAGAUAAAAUUAAGCAACUCUGCUUUAAUACUUCAGAAGACACGGCUAGGCUGGAUAAUUUCGGGAGCAAUACAUAGUCGGGAGUCUGCGUCGAAUCGAAUUGCGUGUAAUCUAGUAGUAGACUCUUUGGAUGCCCAAGUCUCCAAAUUCUGGGAACUUGAGGAAGUUUCGAGCGUUAAACAUUUGUCCAAGGACGAAGAAGCAUGUGAGAGGCAUUUCUCUCAGACGUACUCUAGGGAUGAGAGCGGGCGAUAUAUGGUUAGGCUCCCGUUUAAUCAUAGAAAGCACGAGCUGGGCGACUCUUAUCAAAUAGCGAAAAAAAGAUUGUAUUCACUCGAAAGAAGAUUAGCACAGGAUCCUCAGUUACGCGAGGAGUAUACGGAUUUUCUUGACGAAUACGAAAGGCUUGGUCAUAUGAUUGAGAUCUCUGCUUCCGACGUGAACGAAGAUGGAUAUUUCAUCCCACAUCACCCCGUCUUCAAGCGCGACAGCCACACAACAAAAUUGCGGGUUGUUUUUAACGCCUCAUCAAAGAGUAGCAGUGGGGUGUCGCUCAGCGAUGUGCUUCUCGCUGGCCCGACCCUUCAGGAAGACUUGUUCUCCAUCGUUACGAGGUUUCGGACCCAUCGAUAUGUACUGACUGCCGACAUCAAAAAAAUGUAUAGGCAGGUCAGAGUUCAUCCCGGGGACGUCAAGUACCAGAUGAUUUUAUGGCGCAAAGGUCCAAACGAUCCAAUCAGAAUCCUCGUUUUAACCACGGCGACCUAUGGUACCAUUCCGGCUUCGUUUCUCGUCGUUCGAUCUUUGCAGCAAUUAUCCAAGGACGAGCGAAGGCGGUUCCCGCUGGCAUGCAGGGUUCUUCUUGAGGAUUUCUACAUGGACGACGCUCUUACCGGCACAUCAAAUCUCGAGGAGGCUCAAAGGUUACGUGAUGAGCUUAUCGAAUUGUUGGCCUGUGGUGGAUUUCAUCUACGUAAAUGGUGUUCGAACGAGCCGAGUCUUUUGGAACCCCUAUUGGACAAAUCCAUGGAUCCUCACAUUUGCUUAAGCGAGUCUGAGACUCAGAAGACCCUCGGCAUCCAUUGGCAUCCCCGUGACGAUCAGCUAAUACACGUCGUGAAACCGUUUACUGAAUAUCAACGAACGACAAAGAGAACCAUGCUUUCUCAAAUCGCUUCUCUGUUCGACCCUCUCGGAUUGGUCGGUCCGGUCAUAGUAAAGGCGAAAAUUUUGCUGCAGCAACUGUGGCAGAACAAACUGGAUUGGGAUGAGUCUGUCCCGGUGGACAUUGCUACCUCUUGGAACCAGUACAAGGAGCAAAUCGAGAUUCUAAAUAAUUUCGUCAUUCCUCGCCAAAUCACAGCAGAGAAUGUAAUCAACAUCCAGUUGCAUGGCUUCUGUGAUGCAAGCGAAAAGGCUUAUGGAGCCGUGCUAUACCUGAGAUCUACAACUUCCUCAGGAAUUCAUAUAGUUCGAUUGGUCUGUUCCAAAACGCGGGUGGCGCCUAUCAAGAGAUUGACUUUGCCCCGGCUUGAAUUGAGCGCGGCGGCUCUUCUUGGAAAACUGUAUAAAUCUACCAUCAAAUCAAUCAGAAUUAAUUUAGACGAGGAGUUCUUUUGGUCGGACUCUACGAUCACGCUCCAUUGGAUCCAAACCUCACCACACAAGCUAAAAACCUUUGUUGCAAACAGAGUUUCGCAGAUCCAAGAAAGUACUAAGCACGGAAAGUGGAGACACGUGCCGUCUCAGGACAAUCCCGCAGACGCGUUGUCAAGAGGACAGUUUCCCUGCGAAUUCGUCAACAACCCCAUUUGGAAAAAUGGUCCGGUUUGGCUGUCUAAGGAUGAAGCUGCUUGGCCGUCGAAUUUAAUACCCAGUAUUGAAAUUCCGGAACAACGCUCAAUAGUUGUCUUGUCAAACGUUCACGUUGUCGAUACGGAUCUACUUUCAAGAUUUUCAUCUUUUGCUAGAAUGAAAAGGAUCAUAGCGUACUGCAUACGUUUUGCCUCCAGGUGUCGAUCCUUGAGGAACGAUUCGGAAGACCUCAGCACUGAAGAUUUGAAGAAAGCCGAAAUGCGUAUUGUAAAAUUAGUUCAAAUCACCGCCUUCGAGAGCGAGUUACGUAGUUUGAGUCAGAAGCGUCCGCUAGAUAAGAAAAGCAAUAUAUUGUCGCUCAGCCCGUUCUUGGACGACGAUGGAGUACUUCGAGUCGGGGGUCGUUUGAGACACGCGGAUCUGAAGUUCAGUCAGAGGCAUCCUAUUUUGUUACCUUCUAAUAAUCAUAUUACAGAAUUGAUAAUUCGCGAGACUCAUGUUAGGCUUUGUCAUGCCGGAAGUCAAGCAACCUUGUAUGCGAUAAGAGAAAAAUAUUGGCUGUUAAAUGGUAGGAAUCGCGUUAAGGGAGUAAUUCGGAAAUGUGUGAUGUGUUCUCGCUGGAGGCCGUCGACCCCUCAGUAUGAAAUGGGCAAUUUGCCAAAGAUUAGACUAGUAAGCUCGAGACCUUUUGAAAACGUCGGCACCGACUUUUGCGGUCCGUUCUUAAUUAAGGAGAAAAAGUAUCGUAACCGCAAUAAGAUCAAGAUUUACGUCGCUGUAUUUGUGUGUUUAGUUACUAAGGCUGUUCAUUUGGAGAUUGUGAGCGAUCUGACUACUGAAGCGUUUGUAGCUUGUUUGAAGCGCUUAUUCGCACGCCGUGGCAGGGCUCGGGUCAUUUGGUCGGACAACGGUACAAAUUUUUUGGGCGCGAGUAAUCAUUUGAAAGAGAUAUUCGAGUUUUUCCAGGAAAGGGAAAAUGAGCAAAAAAUAAAUCGGUACUUAGUAAAUGAAGGAAUACAAUGGUCCUUUAUACCUCCCCGCUCACCGCAUUUCGGGGGAAUUUGGGAGGCUUCCGUGAGAGGUUUCAAACAUCACAUGCGUCGUAUGGUUGGAGAUGCCCUAUUCACAUUUGAAGAAUUCAAUACUUUUGUAAUAGAGGUAGAAGCAAUAUUGAAUUCGAGACCUCUCACGCCCAUGUCGUCUGAUCCGAAUGAUCCGCUUGCCUUGACACCAGCGCACUUUCUGAUUAAUGCGUCUUUACAAAGUAUUCCGGAAUACGACCUUACAAAUGAGAAUUCAAAUCGCCUUUCGUCAUGGCAACAUAUUCAAAAGGUAAAGCAACAUUUUUGGAAGCGUUGGAAUAAGGAGUAUUUAAACGAGCUGCAACAGCGUACCAAGUGGGUUUCGAAUAAAGCGCAUAAUAUUAAUAUAGGAGAUCUUGUAAUUCUCAAGGAGGAGAAUGCUCCUCCGUUACGUUGGAUCACGGGCAGAGUGAUAGCUACUCAUCCUGGCGAUGAUG